AACGUCCGCCGCGGCGUCGCAUCACCGUCAGCUCUUUUUUGUUGCUUCACCGUCAUCUCGUUUUUGUUGCUAACGUAUUCCUGAUCUUGUCUGUAGUUUUAUCGACUUUUCAAGCAUUCACCUUUGCACCUCGUACACAUUGACAUGACGUGUACGUAUUAACGGCGGGGAUUGCGAUAAUAAUUAAUAAAUUGCAUUGGUUCGUCGACGAUGUUUUGUAUGUGUGGCUUGUUGUCACUUCCAGUGCAAGGAAUUCUCGCCGUCAUAGUGCUGUUGACGACGUUAGUGUUUUGGAUGUUGUACUUUAAAGACUCUCCUUACGCGUAUAAGCAUAGGACUGACAAUGAAAAACAUUUCAUGGACGAAAAUGCCAGACAAGUGCCGUUUCCCAGUCUGGGGGACGAAUGCACGUUGGAUUUGUCGAUCAUUGUGCCUGCGUACAACGAACAAGACAGGAUAAGGCCUAUGCUCGAUUCAUGUUUACAUUUCUUGACUGAUGCCGGUCGAAAAUGGUCUUUUGAAGUGAUCGUUGUUAGUGAUGGGAGUACUGACGGAACAUGUGAUAUUGUCAUAGAAUAUAUGCAACAAUAUGGUUCUGAUCGUGUACGCCUAUUAAAAUUAUACAAAAAUCGUGGAAAGGGAGGUGCUGUUUGCUUGGGAAUGCAAAGUGCACGGGGACGUACUUUGUUAUUUGCUGAUGCUGAUGGUGCUACAAAGUUCCAAGAUAUAGAAAAAUUAGAAACAGUAUUACACUUUUUGGCAGCAGAUGAUAUUACUGAUUGCGCUAAAACGAUUUAUGCGGUUGUGUGUGGCUCACGUGCCCACUUAGAAUCAGAAUCUAAGGCUCAAAGAAGUAUAUUCCGUACUUUCUUGAUGAUGUGCUUUCAUUUGCAUGUCUGGGUAUUUGGUGUACGUACUAUCAAAGAUACACAAUGUGGCUUCAAGCUAUUCACUCGGCCAGCUGCAAGAAUCUUAUUUAAUAAUAUACAUGUUGAUGGAUGGGCUUUUGAUGUAGAAAUGUUAUACAUAGCUGAAAAAUUGAAAUUUCAAUUAGCUGAAGUACCAGUUCAUUGGACAGAGAUUGAAGGCUCCAAAAUAGUCCCUGUGUGGAGUUGGCUGGAAAUGGGUUUUGAUGUAUUAGCAAUAUGGCUUAGAUACCGUACAGGAUCAUGGAAGAUACGCAAAUAAAGGAGAAAUAAGCUUACAUAUUAUUAUCGUUCACCUUGUCUUCAAAGUUAUUAGAACAAUAUGUAAAUUGCAUACUUAGUUGUGUGUAGCUAAUAAAUAUUUUAUCAUAAAGGUUUUUCUAAAACUACAUAACAAAUAUUUCUUCAUCAGAAUUCAAUUGUGAUAAAUGUAAAAAAAAUUAAAAGACAUUAAAAAAGACAUUAAAAAGUGAAUGUUAUUAAGUUUAACUAUUGCUCUUUACCUUGAGGACAAUAUGGAGUACAGAUUUAAUUCUACUUUUAUUAUUAGAUGAUUGGAAUAAGUUCCUCAUAAAAUGUGAAUUUUGAAAUAAAGUUAAGCUUAUCGUACAAAAUA